AUGACCAACGCACGACUUUUCCGUCUCUCGGUGGUCCUCGGCUCCAUUUUCAUGAUAUUGUUGAUCAUCGUUUAUUGGGACAAUGUUGGGACUGCGCAUUUCUACCUCCACACCACCCUCUCCAGACCUCAGGAGGUGCUCCCCACAGCGGGGAAGGACAACCCAGGUUCUCUGCUGGAGGUGGAUGACUUUUUGGAGAACCUUUUAAAUUCUGAUCUGAAAAAGAACACCGAUCUCGGCCAGAAGGUUGAGAAGCCGAAGCCGCCCUUGCGUGCUUCAAGCAAGCCCGGGACCAGCAACUUGGAGGAGAAAGUCAGAGGCUACGACUGGCCCACCAGGGAGGCCAGCUUGGUGCUGGACCAAGCAAACUUGCAGAAGGAGAGACGGCAGAUGUUGCAGGAUUGGUGCACCAAUUCCAGCUUCUCCUUCCCAACAAAGGAGCGGACCUUUGAUGACAUCCCCAACUACGAGCUCAACCACCUCAUUGUCGAUGACCGCCACGGCGUCAUCUACUGCUACGUUCCCAAAGUGGCUUGCACCAACUGGAAGCGGGUGAUGAUUGUCCUGAGCGAAAGCUUGAUGGAUCAAGGGGUCCCCUACGUCGACCCUUUGGACAUACCCCGCGAGCACGUGCACAACACCAGCACCCACUUCACCUUCAACAAAUUCUGGCGUCGCUAUGGCAAGUUCUCCCGCCACCUCAUGAAGAUCAAACUCAAGAAGUACACCAAGUUCCUCUUCGUCCGGGACCCCUUUGUUCGGCUGAUCUCGGCCUUCCGCAGCAAAUUUGAGCUGGCCAACGAGGAAUUCUACCGCCGGUUUGCCAUCCCCAUGCUCAAGCUCUACUCCAACUACAGCAGCCUGCCGACCUCGGUGAGCGAAGCCUUUGACGGUGGCUUCCGAGUCUCCUUCUCAGACUUCAUCCAGUACUUGCUGGACCCUCGGACAGAGAAGUUGGCCCCCUUCAACGAGCAUUGGAGGCAGGUGUACCGCCUGUGUCAUCCCUGCCAGAUCGAGUAUGACUUUGUUGGGAAACUGGAGACCUUGGACGAAGAUGCUACUUACCUGUUGCAACUCCUCAAGGUGGACCAUCUUCUCCACUUCCCUCCCAGCUACCGGAAUAGGACAGCCAACAGUUGGGAGGAGGACUGGUUUGCGAAAAUUCCCAUGGCGUGGCGACAGCGGCUGUACAAAUUGUACGAGGCCGAUUUUGUACUUUUUGGAUAUCCUAAACCAGAAAACCUGCUCAAAAACUGA